CGCACCGUGGGCGUGGUCUCCCCGUGGGCGUGGCAGCCGCGGUGGCGGGGGGGGGAAAUGGGGGGCGGAUUUUGGGGGCGUUUUUGGGGUCUCCGCGCCGGCCCCGCCCCCGCCCGGCCCCCGGCGCCGCCGCGAGGGGACCCGGGGGGGUCCCGAGGGGUCCCGGGGGGUUCCCCGGUGCCGCCGUCCCUCGGCCGCCCCCCCCCGGCCCCCCCCGCGCCGCCGCUGCUGCGUCACGGCCCCGCCGCCGCCGCCGCCGCCCGCAGCGGCCGCUCGGGGUCCGGGCCGGGGGGGCCGCGACCCCCCCCGGGAGCGGCAGGAGACCCUCGGGACCCCCCCGCUGCCGGCGCCCCCGGGUGUGAUGGAGGCCACCGGGGGGGGGUCGCCCCCCCAGAGCCCCCCGAGGCCCCCCCAGAUCGGGGAAGGGCAGGAUGUGCUGGCGCGCUGGACAGACGGGCUGCUCUACCUGGGCAUCGUCAAGAAGUCCAAUCCCGCCUCCCCGCAGGUGGACGCCGCCCGCCGGGGCUGUUUGAUCCAAUUCGAGGACAAUUCCCAAUUUUUCGUUCUCUGGAAGGACAUCAGCCCCGCGGCCGAGCCCGGGGACGACCCCUCGUGCUGCGUCUGCGCCGGGAAUUCCCGAAAUCCCGAAAAUUCCCUGCAUACCACCAGCGCUGCCACGUGCCCCCGCCCCCCGGCGGCGCCGCGCCCUGGAGCUGCCGCCGCUGCGUCUUCGCCGUGGCCACCAAGCGGGGCGGGGCGCUGCGCCGGGGCCCGCAGGCGCGGGCGAUGCUGCGGAUGAAGUCGGUGCUGCCGUACGCGCUCGGGGCGCUGGACUGGGACCCGCCGCACCUGCACAACCUCCAGCACUGCUACUGCUACUGCGGCGGGCCCGGCCACUGGAACCUGAAGAUGCUGCAGUGCCGCCGCUGCCGGCAGUGGUUCCACGAGGCCUGCACGCAGUGCCUGAGGCGCCCGCUGCUCUACGGAGACCGGUUUUACAUCUUCGAGUGCAGCGUGUGCCGGGGCGGGGCCGAGAGCGUGCGGAGGCUGCCCCUGCGCUGGGUGGACGUGGCUCACCUGCUGCUCUACCACCUCAGCGUCCGCUGCCGCCGCAAAUAUUUCGACCUGGAGCGGGAAAUUCUGCCCUUCGCCAACGCCAACUGGGACGCGCUGCUGCUCGGCCAGCUCGCGGCCACGCCGCGCUCCGAGCGCUACGGGCGGCUCCUGGGGGCGCUGAGCACCCACAAGGACAGAAUCCCGCUGUCCCCCCAAUUCCGCAGGUUCGUGUCGGGCCGGGAGAUGAAGAAGCGCAAGGGGCUCUUCGGGCUGCACAGCCGCGCCCCUCCCCCACUGCCCCCCGAGCUGCUGCGGGGCCGCCCCUCCCCCACCCCGCACCGCGACCCCGCCCCCAGCCCCGGGCCCAGCCUCUCCCCAGAGCGGGGCAAGGGCGGGGCCCGGCGGCGCCGCCCCCCCCAGCGCUCCCAGGACUCCCCUGGCGGCUCCUACAACUUCCGGCGCAGCGGGGCCCGGGGAGCGCCCAGCCCCCCCAUCCGGAUGUUCGCCUCCUUCCACCCCUCGAACAAACCCAGCUCUCCCACGCCGGACCCGGACCCUGCCCCUUCCCCCCCGCGCCGCCGGCCCCUCCCCGACCCGGCCGUGGCCCCGCCCCCCGACCCGGACCGGCCCAACUCGGCCCCGCCCCCCGGCCAGGCCCCGCCCCCCCGGGUUUUGGCGCGCCGGGUGACGCUGGACGGGACCGUGCAGUACCUGCUGGAGUGGGCGGGGCCGCGCUCUGACCACGCCCACUGCCUGCUGGAAUGCGGUGGGGGCACACUCUGACCACGCCCAGGACCUGCUGGAGUGGGGGCGGGGCCAUGCUCUGACCACGCCCCAAACUUCUGGGGAGCCCUCCCCAAAAACUUCGGGGUCCCAGCCCCCAAAAAAACCCAAAUUUUGGGUAGAAAAUCUUUAUUUUUGUCAUUUCAGAAAUGAUUUAAGGGGAAAUAGAGGAAGGGCGUGGCCUGGAGGGGCGUGGCCAACUCUGACCACACCUUUUUGGGGGGGACUGUUGCCCCAAAUUUUAGGUACCCAGCUCCAAAACCCUCCAAAUUUUGGGGUGGAAAAUCUUUAUUUUUGGCACUUUAGAGGAGAUUUCAAGUGGGGGCAGGGCCACCUCUGGCCACGCCCCCCAAAUUUGGGGACCCCUCCCCCAAAAUUUCGAGGUCCCAGACGAAAAACCCCAAAAUUUUGGGUGGAUAAUCUUCAUUUUUGGCACUUUAGGGGAGAUUUUAAAGAAGUGGAGGAUGGGUGUGGCCUGAAGGGGGAGUGGCCAGCUUUGGCCCUGCCUCCAAUUUUUAGGGACCCCCAACCCCCAAAAUUUUGGGCUCCCGGCCCCAAAAUCCCCAAAUUUUGGGGUGAAAAAUCUUUAUUUUUGUCACUUCAGAGAUGAUUUAAGGAGAAAUAUAGAAGGGGCGUUAGGGACUGCCCCAAAAAAUAUUUCGGGAUCCCAGCCCCAAAAACCCCCAAAAAUUUGGGGUGAAAAAUCCUCAUUUUCCCAUUUCUGGGUGGAUUUGAUGUGGGCGUGGCCUGGGUGGGUGUGACAGAGUGGGCGAAGCCUAUGUGGGCGUGACCCGCGAGGGGCGUGGCCUAGGCCCCUCCCCCAAUAAACGGCUCCAAGGCA